GCACUGAUCUCUCUCUCUCCCCGAAAAUCCAUUCCAAAAGCAAACCAUACGCGCUCUCUCCUCUCCCUCUCUCUCUCACUCACUUACUGUCGAACAAAGCAGAAACAAAUUUACUUGCCCUUGAAGGCCAAUCAAGAGGCACCAUUCUCUGCUACUACUAAUAGUAAUUUACUAAAAGUGAGAAAACCAUGACCAUGCCUUCCACGGCAACAACGGCAGCUACAGGUACACGGGUUAAGCCUGUUACUGGUACUACAAGACACCGCCGGCUUCCUUCUUUAAACUCUUCAAAUUCCUUCAGAAAUCAAUUGGGAUUUUCCCCCUCUUCUUCCUCAAUUUUCAAAUCAAAAAUCAUCUCUUGCUCUCUGCAAACACCUUCUCUAGUCCAAAUUCCCAAACACUCCCCUACCUACCAACAACCUUCAACUUCAACUUCCACUAAAAUCCCAAGAGAAAAUAAGACCCAAAAGUCCCCAACUUCUUCAAAGCCAGUGCCACAACAAUGGAACUUGUUACAGAGAGCAGCAUCCAUGGCUUUGGACGCAAUGGAGAGCGCUCUGCUUUCCAAGGAAAAACAACACCCACUUCCCAAAACAUCCGACCCAGAAGUCCAAAUCGCCGGAAACUUCGCUCCGGUGCCGGAGCACCCCGUCGAACACUAUCUACCGGUGACCGGAAAAAUCCCCGACUCAAUCCAAGGCCUCUACGUCCGAAACGGCGCCAACCCACUUCACGAGCCGGUCGCCGGUCACCACCUCUUCGACGGCGACGGCAUGGUCCACGCCCUCCAGUUCAAAGACGGAACCGCCAGCUACGCUUGCCGGUUCACCGAAACCAGCCGUAUCAGCCAAGAACGUGACCUCGGCCGUCCCCUGUUUCCCAAAGCCAUUGGCGAGCUCCACGGCCACUCCGGCAUCGCCCGCCUCCUCCUUUUCUACGCCCGAGGGAUGUUCGGACUCGUGGACCCCACCCACGGCGUCGGCGUCGCGAACGCCGGCCUCGUCUACCACAACGGUCACCUCCUCGCCAUGUCGGAAGACGACUUGCCGUACCACGUCCAAAUCACCGAAACAGGGGACCUCAAAACGGUCGGCCGCUACGACUUCGAAGGGCAGCUGAAGUCCACAAUGAUCGCCCACCCGAAGGUUGACCCCGCCACGGGGGAGCUCUUCGCGCUCAGCUACGACGUCGUUCAGAGGCCGUACUUGAAAUACUUCAAAUUCUCCCCAAACGGCGAGAAGUCCCCCGACAUCGAAAUCAACCUCGAGCAGCCCACCAUGAUGCACGACUUCGCCAUUACCGAACGACACGUCGUAAUCCCCGACCAGCAGGUGGUGUUCAAGCUGCAGGAGAUGAUCGGCGGUGGGUCCCCCGUGAUUUACGACAAGAACAAGAUGUCGCGUUUUGGGAUCCUCGACAAGAAUGCCAAGGACGCGUCGGGAAUCCGGUGGGUCGACUGCCCCGACUGCUUCUGCUUCCACCUCUGGAACGCGUGGGAGGAGCCGGAGACGGACGAGAUCGUCGUUAUCGGCUCGUGCAUGACGCCCCCGGACUCCAUUUUCAAUGAAUGCGACGAGAAUUUAGAGAGUGUUCUGUCAGAAAUCCGGCUCAAUUUGAAAACCGGCAAGUCGACGCGCCGCCGCAUUUGCUCCGAGAAUCUGAACCUGGAAGCUGGGAUGGUGAAUCGGAACAAGCUAGGGAGAAAAACCCAGUUCGCGUAUUUGGCCCUGGCGGAGCCGUGGCCGAAAGUUUCGGGUUUUGCGAAGGUGGACCUCUCCACUGGUGAGGUGAAGAAGCAUAUCUACGGUGACGAGAAGUACGGUGGCGAACCUCUGUUUCUUCCCAGAGACCCCAACUCGGAGAACGAGGACGACGGUUACAUUUUGGCCUUCGUUCACGACGAGAAGAAGUGGAAGUCGGAGCUGCAAAUCGUGAACGCCAUGGAUUUGAAGGUGGAAGCUACAAUUCAGCUGCCCUCGAGAGUUCCGUACGGUUUUCAUGGAACGUUUAUAAGCACUAAGGACUUGAAGAAGCAGGCCUGAGGAAAUUUACUGCCCCUCAGGAGUAAAUUAGCAAAAUUUACAGAGGAGAUUUGCCUGUGGGAAGCUAUCUGAUAUGCCCCCGGAAACUCAUCUGUUAUAUUUUUUGUGUAUGUAGUUUUGGGUGUACUUAAAAUAUUUUAGAGUGAGGUUUUGGGACACCCAGCUUGUAGCUUUUGGGAAUAGGUUUAGCAUUCGAGCUCAGCUGGGUUGUCUCCUUAUUCUCCCACUUUUGUAUGAUAUGAUUAUACAGAAAGAGUGUGUAUAUUUCUCUGCAGAUUCUGUUUAAUUGUUGUGUAAUUAAAUUUAAACAUGCAGUUUGCUUCUCCUCUCA